CAUCCACUCGGCCGAACCGAAGCCGCAGUUUACCCCCCACCAAAACUCGACUAAAAGUCAAGCAAAAACCUAAAUCGCAGCGCGACGGCGACGGCGACGCGCCGAUGGGCAACGCCGGAAGCAGCGGCCGCCCCAACCUGCCACCGCCGCGGCCUCAUCUGCAUGGGGUGCCCCCACCGUACUACCACCAGUACCCGCCGUGGCGCCCGGGCGCCGCCGCGCCGCCGCCGGUGCCGUUCCCCACGCACGUGGAGCGGCACAGGGCCGUUGCGGUGAGCGUCGGCGUCAACGUCAAGGGGCAUACCCUGCGGCUGGAGCGCGACGACGACGGCGGCGGCCACCUGCUCGCCUUCUCCUUCGACGCCGACGCCCCCGGGAGCAUAACAGUCUACUUCUUUGCACAAGAAGCUGAUGAUUCUGUCCUGAAGGGUACAAAGGAAAAUUUGCUCAAACCUGUCACGGUAACUUUUAAGGAAGGUCAUGGUCAGGAGUUCAGGCAACCUAGUGGAACUGGAAUCAAGCUCUCAAUGUUUGAGGAAUCUGAGCUAACUAAGGUUGGGGAGGAUCAUGUAUUUCCGCUUGCAUUGAAAGUGGAAGUGGGUGUGCCAAGUAACCAAGAAUUAGGAAGGGAACAUGAUGCUGAAGACUCGAAGUCUUUGGCUAAAUUUGCUGUGUUUGUUAAGAAAGACAGUGCUGAAUAUGGGAUCAACAUUGUGCAGCAGAUACUGUGGGUAAAUGGAACCAGAUAUGUCUUGCAGGAGAUAUACGGUAUUGGGAACAGGAACACAGCUGACAGGAAUGUUAAUGAGGAUGAUUCUGGAAAAGAAUGUGUGGUUUGUCUAACAGAACCAAGAGAUACAACUGUUCUUCCAUGCAGGCAUAUGUGCCUAUGCAGGGAGUGUGCUCAGACAUUAAGGUUCCAGACCAACAAAUGCCCCAUGUGCAGGCAGCCUGUUGAGAGCCUUCUUGAGAUUAAGGUUGAUAGCACACCCAGGCAUCAAGGAGGAGAUCAGUAGUUUGGGAACCCUCAAAGGAAGUUCCGUUUGAUUGUUAGCAACUGUAAUUGGAUGUAUAUAUAUCGCGUGUUAAAAUGAAAUUACCGUGCUUUCGGCAAAGAACAGAACAUGGAAGGUAUACACUAAGCUGACCGUGAUGUUCUCUUUGCGUGUGACAUGGAAUUUAAAACAGGCAACAUCUAUUGUCUGGGCUUGAGCUUUCAAAUGUACGACUGGUUCUAACGUUA